AUGUCUGUGUCGGAGGAUGACCAUCACACUGAAGCUCGCUCACUCGCACCUUCAGAACUCUCUGGUGCAGUCCCCACCUCCAUAGAGGCGAGGGCCAAGUGUCGUAUCGCCGCUCUGGAAGAGGAGUUGCAGGUGAUGAGGCAAGAAAGAGGAACGAAGCAGAGAAAAACCACCUACUACGUUUCUCAAGGCCACGGGGACAUGCAGAAUUGCAGAACCGGUUCUGAACCUGUUCGAACCGAUGGCAAGUCAAACAGUUCGGAAUGCAUCAGCAUAAACGAGGGUAGAAUCACCAUUAACUGUAUUGUGGGCACUGGAUGA